UUAUAGCCCUGCGUCAUGUGCGCAACCACUGACUGACACGCACGGCAGUCAUCCAUCACCGGCACACGGUUAUCUCUUCAAGACCAAAUCAUCCAUUUCCGGCUUUCCUCUUUGUUCUCUCAACCUCUACGUACUGCAAACCAUGGCAACUCGAAAAAAGGUUCUCUUGAAAGUUAUUAUUCUGGGUGAUAGCGGCGUAGGAAAAACCUCAUUAAUGAAUCAAUAUGUCAACAAGAAAUUCAGUAACCAGUACAAAGCUACUAUCGGUGCAGACUUCCUGACGAAAGAGGUUAUGGUUGAUGACCGACUGGUCACAAUGCAGAUAUGGGAUACUGCAGGACAAGAGCGGUUUCAAAGUCUGGGCGUUGCCUUCUAUCGUGGAGCAGACUGUUGCGUAUUGGUGUACGACGUCAACAACGUCAAGAGCUUCGAGACUUUGGACAGCUGGAGGGAUGAGUUUUUACUGCAAGCUAGUCCCCGCGACCCCGACAAUUUCCCUUUUGUCGUGUUAGGAAACAAAAUUGACAUGGAGGAGUCAAAAAGACAAGUUUCACAAAAGCGUGCAAUGACAUGGUGCCAGCAGAAGGGCAACAUUCCAUAUUUUGAAACGAGCGCAAAGGAAGCAAUCAACGUGGAGAAUGCAUUCCAAACCAUUGCCAAGAAUGCCUUGCAGCAGGAAUCGGACGUGGAACUGUACAGUGACUUUCCCGAUCCGAUCAAGAUUGAUGGCGAGACAGGAAGGCAGGGUGGGGAUGCGGGCUGUGCCUGCUAGUGUUGGUAACGGGCGUUAGAUUUGAUACCUGUAUGCCGGUAGUGCUUUUUUCAAGUUCUUCAAUUGUGUGAAUGCGGUGUAUAUGCACGAGCAGGUAUUGGGCCACAGUUCACAUGAGAUUCCACAUCUUACGACCAAAAGAAGAUCAUUGCUCACAGUCUUUUCGCCGAGAUCUGUUACUGCACUCAACAAUGCCAGUUUCACUCCGUCCUACAGCA